AUGGAUUACCCCAAUGCUACCUCUACCCAAUCGCAGCCUCACUUCUCGUCAUAUGAAAACAGCGUUUCCAAAACUCAUCGAGGUCAAACUUUCGAUGAAGAAACCCAAUCACCUGAAAACAACAACAACAACAGCAUCCACCAACAUCUCUCCCAUGAUUUAGUGCUCUCUGAUUCUGAAGAAGUGGAUGAGUUCAUUCACAAAUAUGGGCAUGUGGAGUUUCAAUAUAUCAAGAAACCCCAGGACUCUUUCUGGUUUGUCAGACCCCACGCAUUGAAUUAUUUCAAAGACGGAGUGCUUUAUCGUACCAAAGGAGAGCGUACCAGUGGUAAAACCGAGUUGUUUUUAGACUUGAUGUACGUGGGGAUAGUGGCAAAUUUGGCAUCAGAUGCCACUGAGCACGCGUCGGCCGCGAGUUUCUUGAAAUACAUGUUGCUAUUUAUCCCUAGUUGGACGGUGUGGAGCGAUAUCAAAGACUUUGUCAAUUAUUACUAUAGCGAGGACUUAUCCCAAAAAUUAUACCUCUUGUGGAUUUUGAUCUUGUUGCUCGUGUAUGAUAAUAACUGUACCUACGUGCUAGAUGGCCGGGGCGAGGCAGCGUUGACGGUGGUGCCUUAUAUGUUGUGUCGUCUUAGUCUUGCGAUUUCGUUGUUGUUUUAUUCGAUCUUUAUCCCUGAACAUCGAUUGCAAAUGAGGGUUUACGGAUGUACGAUAAUUGUGUUUUGCUGUGUAUGGAUUAGUGUGAUCUUCAUCGACACUAGAGCAAAAAUCGGGGUAUCUAUUGCCAUCAUGUUUCUUGAACACUCGACAUUCUGUUUAAUUUAUCACCCAUGGUUCAAGAAGAACGUGCUUCAUUUGACUUGUAGCACUGCGUUGAAUAUCGAACAUGAAGUCGAAAGAUUCGGGGCAUUUUUCAUUAUUGCCAUCGGGGAAUUCUUGUAUAAGACCGUGGCCGGGAAUCCUGUCGGGGCAGGGUUCCAAGGUAAAUUAUCUAGAGGGAUCUGUUUAUUGAUCAUUUCUUAUUGUUUCCUUUGGCUUUAUUUCAACUCAGGAACUUCCGUCAAGGCAACCCAUCCUCUUAGAAGAAGUGGGGCAGCAGCAAUUUGUUGGAUUUAUUCGCAUAUUCCCCUUAUUGCCGGAUUAAUUUUGGCUGCCGAUUCUGCUGGUGAAUGGAUCACUUUGGAAAAUACUCUGACCGCAAAACAUCCAUCACAUGAGGAAUCUUCGACAACAGAGACAGUAUUGAAGUUUUUAUUUAGAAGGGCCGCCGAAUCCUCAUCGGAAUCCUCAUCAUCAUCAUCGGAAGAAACCGAGGAACCUUCGAUGUACGCCCUUUCCUUCUUCUUUACCGGGGGAUUAUGCGCGGCACUUUGGGCCCUUACCAUCAUGGGGUUUGCCGAAAAAUCUAGAGAUCCUUGGAAUACCCAUGUGGUGACGAAAUUCUGGCGGAUUGCUCCAAGGUUUCCUGCUGGCGUCAUAAUUCUUUGUAUGAGUUUUGCCGAGAUGUCUACCACCCACUUGUUAGGGUUCACCGCGAUGAUUUGUGUGAUUCUUUGGCUUUGGGAAUCGGUGACCAUGACCCCAAGAGCCAAUUUACCCCCAGUGUUGGGAGGUCACUGUGAUAUUACCCCAUCAGAUAUAAUCGAAAGGUUUUAA